CUGUCGAUAGCUGUGCUCUUUGAAACUAUCGAAAAUUCACUGGUAAGGGGCGCAUGGGAAAAUAUAAAUUUUCGCCGGCAACCAACCACACGUGUAGUUAAGACAAGUUAAUUUCCCAAGAGCUCCAGUUUGCAUUUAAAAAACAGAAAUGGCCGCUGCUAUUAAGAAGAUCAUACCCAUGCUGGACCGCAUUCUAAUCCAACGGGCCGAGGCUCUGACCAAAACGAAAGGCGGCAUUGUAUUGCCCGAGAAGGCGGUGGGCAAAGUUCUCGAAGGCACUGUUGUCGCUGUUGGCCCUGGUGCGCGCAAUGCUUCCACUGGCAGUCACAUUCCUAUUGGCGUGAAAGAGGGAGACCGUGUCCUGUUGCCCGAAUUCGGAGGCACCAAGGUUAACCUGGAGGGCGAUGUGAAAGAACUCUUUCUGUUCCGUGAAUCUGACAUCCUGGCCAAACUGGAAUAGACACCUCUCGGCGCACCAGUCUCAAAAUUCUAUGAAUUCUAUGUUUUAUUAGUAUGUAACACCACCAACCACAAUAAACGCUGAUGCAAUAUUUUUGUUUGCAUUUGGCCUUGACCGCUAUCCAAUAAAAGUCGAGUUACUCCUUA